UGAAACUUUUUCAGCAUAUUAUGAUCUUCCUCAUAUGUACCUUCACCUCUUCUCUUGAAAACCCUAAUUUCAACUUUUUUGUAAACUCUAAGAUGACAAGAUCAGUUUAACAGAUUGUUGAAGCAAUCAGCUUAUGUGUAGAUGUAGAGAAAAAAGAUGGAAGGGAAUACAUGUGACAUCAAUCACUUGGAUUCAGACGUGCUUUUACCUCCUCGAAAACGGCUUCUGGCAGUAUUGAAAAAGCAGACUUUUGAUAUUAAUCCAUGUACCCCAUCCUCUCCUACUGAUGAUAUUACAGGAUUUGAGUUCGAUAUCCGUCUUAAUGACUUGUUGAAGUUUCACUCGGUUGAUUGUAAUUGUUCCAUCGAGGAGAUUGUCGAGGCCUCGAGAGUGGCAGCUCUAAAAGCUGUUGAGCUUGCAAAAGCUGCAAGAGCAGUUGCUGAAGAGAAAGCUGCGAAAGCAGCAGAGGCCAUGGCUGCUGCUAAGAGUGCAAUGGAGUUGGUUGCUACUGUUUCUGGGGAGGUUAUGGAUAAAGACAAAUACUCGAAGAAGAAUAAGAUGAAGAAGCACAUUCCUGUUCAGAUGCUGUAUAAUAAUAAGUAUAAAGUGACUAAGGAUUGUAGAACGGAUGAAGAUUUAGCUCGGACGUUAAGUAGGACAAUAAACAGCUCUCCAAGAAUUUCGAAGAACGCAACCUCUGACUCCAAAAAUUGCAAACACAAGAGGCUUAAAAGCUCUUUUCCUUCUGAAAAUGCUAAGAUUCAGAAUGGAAGUGCAUUAUGGGAAGGAAACCGACCUUUUGCAAGCAAUGGGAUUGAUAAGGCAUUAAAUGGUUCUAGCCAGGAGAAAGAACUAAUUAGAGUAGACUUGAACAUAGCGAAAUUCAAUAAGGCGGAUCUUAGAAAGAUGGAAAAUGGCAAAGGAAAACCAAUGAACUCAAAGGAAGAAUUCGGGGAAUCACCAGAUGAUAUAUGUAACGUUGAUAAAAAGAAGGGGCGGAUGAAGCAGAAAAAGUUACCCCUCAGUAAUUGCAGUUUCAGGGAUAAAGUGAACCCCAAAAAGGACAUGAAUUCCAAAAGUUCAUCAUCACCUGAUGAGAAGAUCAGCAAAGUUACUGGUAUUAACGAGCCUGUGUUUCCAGUUGAGAGGUCAUCUACAUUGAAGUGCCAAACUUUUAAGGCAUCCACUUGUGUUAAAAAAUAAGUCGAUGCAAUCAUAGUCUUCACAUUUUAGUUUCAAGAGAGGCGGCUACCAUGAUGGUACUUAAAGUCUGAGGUACCAGGAGAUGUCUGGAGUCAUUGUCAUUAACAUUUGAAGUGUAAAAUUUGUUGUCAAAGGAGACUAAUUUAUGUCUCUUCCUUACAUUAAUCUCAAUGUAACAUUAUUUCUGAUGUAGAUAUGUUAAAGCAGCAGCACUUUUUUUUCCCCCUUUCUGGUGUCUAAGAGGAUUAUAAACAAAUACACCAUCAAUCCACUGUAAGCAUGAUGUUUUUUCUUGAAUUAAUAAUUCAAUCUCUUUAGAGUUUGUGUACUUGAAGUAUGUCACUGAGCAACUUAUAAUGUAAGCAUAAUAUUGCACGAUUUGUCCUUCAAAUGAGUUGGUUUUAAA